CGACACGGUCGGCAACCGGCAAUUAUCUGGCGAGCGCUCGAAGCCGCGCACGCUUCGUUCCCGCUACGUUGUCGCACAGUUUUCUUCUCCUGUCUCUGUCCGGUGUUUGUUUAUUUUCAUUUUCGUUUUUCACGGCCAACCAAGUGAUCAAGACCCAAGGAAAUACCUUGUCCUCGGGCUUGCCUCGCAAGCACGCGAAAAUUAGCACCGGAGUCGAUCGGUUUCUGUGAACGGGACGACGGAUGUAACAGGAAGCGAAGUGAUGGCACAAGUAAUGCAAUAUCAACAGGUCCGUAACAACGAUUCUGCAUGUAGCGGUAUCGUAUCGGUGAAAUUCAAGUGUCAAUUAAGUGAGGAUUAUUCUCCGUCAGUCUUGUGAAAAAUGAGGCUUUUCGGAAGGGAGCGAAGAUUACGCUAUGUUCACUAACGAGAAACGAUGGUCCUGAUGUGCGUGCCAACAGUGUCACCAGUGCCAGGCGUGACGCCCAUGUCCAACCUGCCGAUGCCGCUACACCAACCUGCCGCCAUCGAUUACGGAGCCUCGAGUAUCCAUUAUCAGUCGUACAGCAUCGAUAAUGGAUACUCGAGGCCGACAUUGAGCAAUCAUCAUCUUCAAAGCAGCCAACCGAGCUACUGGUACCCUGGGACCACGAGUCACACACAAAUUACAGAGGCUUUAACACCACCGGCGUACACGAUGCCAAGUGUCGCGAGUGGUACCACCUCGUGGACGGCACCGAGUCAUCUUACGGAAGCUCAGCUCGCAAACGUACCAACGAUACAACAUUACGCUCUACCGCCGAGUCCAUCGGACAUUCCGCCAAGCCCUCAUGAUCAUUGCUCGCCGUAUCAGUGGCCACUCACUCCGCCAGCGGAUCAUCACUUCCUGACCGCGGAAGAUCCAGCAAGAUCUGGCAGGAAGUGCAUUAGAUGCCGUUGUCCGAAUUGUCAGAUGGACAGUGGAGGUCAUUUGGGGAUGGAUGGCAAGAGGCAGCAUGUUUGCCAUGUGCCAGGAUGCGGCAAAGUGUACGGCAAAACUUCUCAUUUGAAGGCACAUUUGAGGUGGCAUACCGGCGAACGACCUUUCGUCUGCAACUGGUUGUACUGCGGCAAGAAGUUCACCAGGAGCGACGAAUUGCAGCGUCAUCUGCGAACGCACACCGGGGAGAAAAGAUUCGUGUGUUCCACGUGCGGCAAGAGGUUCAUGAGGAGCGAUCAUCUGACGAAACACAUGAAAACGCACGAGAAGAAGAAGAGCAGGAAGGAGUCGAAUAAAGAGAACUCGUUACCAACCGCGAGCUCUUCAACGCAGAGCUCGUAUCCUUCCGCUGUCGGACAGUACAUCAUGAUUUAGGAUUUCUACAUUUGGGAAGUUGUUGUUGAACGUGUUUCCAUAGAUGAUAGUGCAAAGAUAUCAGAAAAAAAUCCUUUAAAAAAAAAUGUAGGAACCAAAUUUUGGCUUUGUUGUGUGUAUUAUAUCCGUCCUUGUAAAUGAUUUCGUUUGGAAAGUUCUUCAUAAUUACUUUAAAUAGUAUGGUGAAUAACUACCUAUAAUAAUUAAAUAGCCAAAAAGGAUCCCGCAUUGUUUUGAUGGUAGAGAAUGGAAGGGACACGUUACUUGAUUCAAAGGAGCAAAUUACACCGAUAAUUUGCAAAAGAUAGAUUUUUUUUUAAGGCAAUUUUCAUUGAGUGUUUUUUUUUCUUUUUUUUUUGUAA